CCUGGCCCUUUGCUUUCCAAAAACAUGACAAUCCUUCAAAAAUUCCUUUUUAUUCUUUAAUUUUGACCUGUCGCUCACGACACAGAAAAAAAGAGUAGCUAGGGUUUGGUUGAGUUUGGGGGAAUGGCGUUGAGGAAAGCUUUCAGCGAUAUAAAAGGAAUGAAAGUGAAGGAAGUCCCUGGCCACGUCAAGCCCAUGCUAUCCAUUGAUUACGUGAAGAAAGCUAUUCAGAGGGGUUUGGACAAUUACCAUGCCAAGUACAUUCAGACGGAUUCCAUCGACCCUGUCUACCAUGUUUGCUUCGGUGGGAUGGUCUUUUCUUACCUCGUCGCUCUUCCUAACGAGCGUCGCCAUCUCGAGCACCAGCAGCACGCCAAGGAACAUGCCCAUCACUGAUCCCAUCCAGCUUAAAGAUGGGUCGGGUCGUUAUUGGAUUCGUCAAGUGACAAUUGGAUUCGCUUAGUGGUUUUGGUUGUAAUUUCUGAACAAUGUAGGCAGGAAGAUACUGUCUUGAUCAAUGCAUUGCAGCAUUAAGUGAUAAAAUAAAGAAAGAUAAACUAUUAUGUGUAAAACUACAGUGCUUCAAUUUUUUUUUUCCUUGAAAGUACCACGGAAACCCAAUUUGAUUUUUGGUGUGGUAUGUGAUGCCGAUUUCAAAUGAUUAAUAAGUUUUUCUUGA